GACAAAGCUCAAGUCAUUCGUGUAAAGGAAGUGGUAAGACAUUGUUCGGACCACAUAUAAAUCACUUUCAUAAAAAUACAAUACGCGGUUAAGAGUGAUACCAGCAAAUUUUUCAUAUAUAAUAGUCCGUUUAUAAGAAAAUAAGGUGCUAAAAAAUUUAUUCUUCAAUUAAAGUGUUUCAAAUUGAAUUAAACGUUUCAAAUUAAAGUGACAUUCGAGGUGAUAAUAAAAAUAAAAAUCAAUCAAUCGCAGAAGCGAAACCAAAGUGCAAACACUAAAUACAAAGCUUAUUUCAAAAGUAUUAAUAGUUCAGUAAGAAGCUGUUAGCUUAAAAAAACAAAUAAAAUGAAUGCUGAAGAGUUUAGAAAAUAUGGCAAGGAUAUGGUGGAUUAUAUUUGUGAUUAUGCACAAAAUAUUGAACAGCGAGACGUAGCGCCAACGUUGGAUCCAGGAUAUUUAAAAAAACUAUUACCAGUUAAAGCGCCAUUGAAACCAGAGAAAUUCGAAGAUGUUCUAGCUGAUUUCGAAGAAAAAGUAAUGCCUGGUGUUGUGCAUUGGAACCAUCCGAAGUUCUUCGCAUACUUUCCAGCGGGCAACUCAUUCCCUUCAAUUUUGGGCGAUAUGUUAAGUUCAGCUAUCGGUUCGAUCGGAUUUUCAUGGGCGUCCUGCCCCGCAUCUACAGAACUUGAAACUAUUGUACUAGAUUGGUAUGCUAAAGCGCUCGGAUUACCAAAAGCAUUCAUCAGUGAUCUACCCGGCAGUCGAGGGGGUGGUGCACUACAAGGAUCAGCCUCCGAAUGUACACUCGUCUGUAUGAUUACCGCACGUUCACGUGCCAUUCAAAAACUGAAAGGAAUGUGCUCUGAGAUACACGAAAGUGUUUUCCUGCCACAAUUAAUCGCAUAUGCCAGCAAGGAAGCACAUUCUUCGGUAGAGAAAGCGGCUAAAAUGGCCCUCGUAAAACUUCGUAUUAUUGAGGCCGAUGAACGAGGACGCAUGCGUGUGGAUCUGUUGCGACAGGCAAUGCAAAAUGAUGCCAACGCUGGCCUUACCCCAUUUUUCGUUGUUGCAACAGUUGGCACAACAGGCGCUUGCGCUUUUGAUAAUCUUACCGAAAUCGGUAAAGUGUGUAGGGACUUGCCAAAUGUGUGGUUCCAUGUAGAUGGUGCAUAUGCAGGCAAUUCGUUCAUUUUACCAGAAAUGCGUAAAUUCUCGGAAGGUUUGGAAUAUGCUGACUCAUUUAACACAAAUCCCAACAAAUUGCUGCUUACAAAUUUUGAUGCAUCCGCAAUGUGGGUUAAGGAUGUAAUGAGUUUGAAGACAGCUUUGAACGUUAACCCUUUAUAUUUACAACAUGAACAUGAGAAGGCAAUAGACUAUCGACAUUAUGGUAUACCGUUGAGUCGUCGUUUUCGUGCGCUUAAAUUGUGGUUUGUCUUUCGAUCAUAUGGUAUCAUGGGUCUGCAGGCGUAUAUACGCAAUCAUAUGGCAUUAGCGAAGAAAUUCGAAAUGCUUGUGCGAAAGGAUGAUCGCUUCGAAGUUAGAAACGAUGUAAACCUGGGGUUGGUGUGCUUCCGCAUGCGUGCAGAAGACACGUAUAAUCAGGAGCUGCUGGCACAAAUAAAUCACUCGGGCAAAAUGCAUAUGAUACCGUCGAUGGUGAAUGGAAAAUAUGUGAUACGCUUCUGCGUGACGUACGAACAUGCCACAGAGAAGGAUAUAACCGACGCCUGGAGUGAAAUCAAAGCAUUUGCCGAUGACAUCCUUCGCGAUGUGCCUGCAUUAUCCCCAACUCCCGAAAAGGAGAAAGUCGUUUCGGAACCUCAACCUAUCAUUGGCAAACCACCAAUUAAAAAGAAGCUUACACGCACCAAGUCCUUACGUUUCUCGUUCACACGAAGUAUAUCUCGGGAAAUGUACGACAGCCAAAAUGAGCAUCUCAAGGACGGUUGCACACCAAUUUUGGUUGUAGACUCUAACACUAUGCUUCAAAGUUUUAUGAAAGCAACGUCGGAUCAGAAGAAAUUACGAGGCAUCGAAGAUGAAGAAGCCGACGAGGCUAGUAAUUAGCCAAUACUUCGAAAGGCUAAUCACAAAUUGAAGCAUCAAGAGUCUUAGGCGAUGACCGCCAUUCUUUGUACAAUUAUUAAAUAUGCGGUGUAUAAAAAUGUAACUAUGCCGAAGGUAUUCAAACAUGAGUAUAUACUACCUUUAAAUUAAUGCUUGUAGUUAUGUACGAGUAUAUACUUGAAGUGAGCGAUGUAUCAGACAUAAUUGAAAACUGAUACUUAAACUUGAACUCGAACCUGAUCGGACCCAGUUUUCAAGUUGUCUAAGUUAUAUUAGUUAAAUAUUAAUCUAGUUUAACAGAUUUUCACGAGAGCAUAACUGUUCUUUAUCGUCAUAUUUCGCCUCCCUUUUUGUGUUCCUACUGAUCUACAUUCUGAUUUUUCGCAUUCAUUUAUGCACACAUACGUAGAUAUUGCACCACAUAUGCAUAUUCAUAUACACACUGGAAUAGUUGUAUUUAUUUAUUUAUUUAUUAUGUAACACAAAACAUUAGAUGUAAGUCCUGUGUCAAUUAAAAAUUUAUAUACAUAUGUAUGUCCAUGUAAAUAAAGGUGUUUGUAUAUUUAUAAUAUUAAUGCCAAUGUAUUAGAAUAUGUGUAAGUAUAGACGAUUGUUUUACAUAUAAUAGAUAUAAUGUUUGAUUACUGUAAGAUUUAAUAAGUUUGUAAUAAAAAAUAUUUCCUCGACUUCAA